UCCGGCCUGACGAGCGAAAACACACACAACUCCUCCGAGCUGAAAGACGAAGAGGCGAAGCUGUUGCCCGUGAAUAAUCGAUCGGCUGAGCUUUCCCGUUUGCAGUCAUUAUCUACCAGCUGGCAGUCGCUGUGACAUGGCAUCUGUCCACUGAACUGCUCUGUCGUCAGCCCCUGUAAGCACCAAGCAUUGGUGUGCAACUUCCCAGCGAAUGAAAGUGAUCCAUCAUCACCAUGGAAACAGAUACAGAAGUUAUUCCUAUCUGGCAGAAUAAGCCUCAUGGCUCCACCCGUAGCGUUGUGAGAAGAAUAGGUUCCACUCUUCCACUCAGACCUCCACAAAGGGCAUGUUUCCAGGAACUCCCGGGCAUACCCGCUCUUCGGCCUAUGGAUGGCCCCCUUGUUCCCACCUUGGCAGACAUAGCCUGGAUUGUCGCAGAUGAAGAAGAGACAUAUGCCAGAGUGCGAAGUGACAGUCGACCUCUGAAACACGAAUGGCGUCCCACGCCUCUCCUGGUGCUUCACAGGAACUCAUCUGUACCCAACUUCCGCCGUGAGGGCAAAAGGAUGGAGGGGCUUAGGAAGCCUGGGGUGACGGCGCUAAACCGUACGACUGCCCUGCAAGACGAGCUCAGCAGACUCCGUGCACAGAUCGCCAAGAUUGUUGCAACUGAUUCUGGCUCCAACCCCCUGACCCCUGACCUGCUCUCCCCCGACGACACAAGUAUGAGCUUCUCCAUGGCGCCUUUCGAGACGGCGCCCUACCAGCCGGCCGCCACAGCUGCUGCUUCCUUUGUCAUCAGUGAUGUCACAGAGGAGGAGGAGGAAGAAGAGGAGGAAGAGGAAGAUGUGGUCUCUGUGGUAUCAGAGCUAGUCCCUGACCCUCUGCCGCCUGUUUCCAUGACGGCAUCAGCAACCUUUGACCUGGACAGACCCAGCAUGGACUUCCGAGAGGCAGAGGAGGACACGGUGUCGCUGUCAAAGUCUACUAGCUUUGCUGAUGUUAUGGACAUUCUGAAGGACAUGAACCGCAUGAAGAUGAGCAAGGACAGGUACAACAGAGGCUGUACAUCCCUCAGGGAGGAGGACUCAGCUUCUCUGAUUUCAGAAGCUCUGAGGAAAAAGUUUGUCCUGAAGGAAGAAGAUACUGACACCGUGAAACGGAAGUAGCCUGAUCCCGUGUUUAUCAUCAAUACCCGAUCCUGCUGCUCCAUGCCUGUGCCUGUGGAAUAUGUACCCAUGGAUCCACAACCUUGCUCCUCAGACCCAAGGCAAAAGCUGUCAACCAGAGCUAGAACAAAAACACUUUGUCUCAGAUGUCAAAAUCUGCUGGUGCAGUGUGAUCUGCCAGCUCUUGAUAACAAUAAUUGUAUAAUGCAUCCAGUUUAUUUCUCUAUGGAAAGAAGAAACUUUUAUGUUAAAUUUGAAGUACUCAAAAGACUGCUGUCCAGAAACUUACUCUGUGUCUGUGCUAUUUUGAUUUUAGAUGCUUUUUUAUUAUUAUGUUAAAGCAAAUUGUGGACGGGCUGAUAUCCAAACAUCACAAUUCUUUUUUGACUUAAAUUAAGAAAUGUCCCUUUAAAACGCCCUUUAUCCAUCAAGCUAUGAAGACCAUUCUUUAUUCCUUUUGAAUUUUUCACAGAAGAGAUGCAAAUAAACAUUUUUUUCUUUUAUUCCGUGUCAAGAAGCCCUCUAACAUACUUGAAAAUAUUUGAUGUACAAAGGAGAAGAUCUACUGCACAAGCAGAAAUGUACUGUAUCAUAUCACAGUGUGUGUGGAAAACCUCAGAUCUUUGCUUCUGAUAUUUUCAUAACAGGUGUGAGUUUUCAAAUGUGCACAGCAUUGUGUACACUAUGUUGUUUGCUCCACUGCACCUCCUAUGCCUGAUCUCUUGUAAGUGAUUAAUAUAGAUUGAUAGUCACUGAACCACAGGACUCAUUUUGAAACCCAACUAAAAAAGAAAUAUAUAUAGAAGAGUUAACUGUGUGGUGUAAAAAUCAAAGGAAGUGUGUGAAUGAAAUGUGCAUCCAUCAUUGUUUGAAGUCAUUUGUGUUUUUCAGUAAAGGCAACGACAGUUAGAAGCGUGUACAGGUCAGUUUAGACACACAUUUCCAGUUUUCCUCCGUUCGACAUUGUUACAAGUACUAGCUGAAACCACCUUUUUUUUUUUUGACACAUUAUAGAACAUUCUGUAUGCAGAGUUUUGACAAAGCCGUGGGUGAAAUGCUUGUGUGUUCUCAAUGAUAACGAUGAAUAUUCCUGUCGACGCCUUAACACGGAUCGAUUGCCUGUUCUAAAGCCUGAUUUUAUUCCCAUAUUAGUCCAAGUGCCAUGGGUUUGUUUAAUUAGCCAAUCCCUCAUUGCUUAUCCUUUCCUGAAUGUGCCCUCCAUCCUCAUCUUUAUUAAGAUUCCCAUGUUUUCAUCUCACAAAAAAAACCAGUUGUUUGUGUGUGUGUGUGUGUGUGUUUUGUAAAGCUGAAUCUUUGUUGAAAAUACCCUCUCACAAGAAAACACUUUAUAGAGCCACUUUUACCUCCACAUGUCACUAUGUUUUUUAUCUUUCACGUUCAUGCCUGCAUGACUGGGAGUCCUUUUAGUGUAGUUUUGCAGUGUGAAAAGUUAAUGCUAAGUGUGUGUCACUGUAUGCAGUGGAGUUAAAGUAUGUUUUGUCCUGCUAGAGUUGGCCCUUAACUCCUAGAUGAUCUUCUCAAAAGUUCAAGUAUAAAGUGAUGGAUGAAAAACUACUAUAUGCAAGUUUAAAUAUAUUCAUUAUGUGUGUCUGUACUUAAGAUGUGAAACCUUCCACAGCAUACUCCAACUGCAUUACUAGUCCUGCUAAUAAAUAGACAGGACAAUUUAGUCGAUGAGGAUUUUCCACAGAGUUGACUUUGUUUCUCUUGUCUUGUUUAAGGGGUUCUCAACAUUUUACUUGUGUGAGGGUUGAACCCAGCUGAACCACAUAUAUGUUGUUUUUUUUGUCAUAUUAGGACUUGUAAAUAAAGAUUGGCUGAUGUUUUCAAACUGA